GCGAACGAAGAUGGAUGGAUGGAUGGCAUAGAUUAUCUAAUGAUGUUUUACAGUUUCUUGAUCACAGCAUUUGUUUGACCUUUUGUUUGAUCAUAAUUACUGAUCAAAUAAGAGACAUUGUUCUAUUUUCUGUUCUACUUGUCUGUAUCAGUGAAUAUGAUCAAGCCAUUUAAUUCAAUUUCAGCUAAAUUCUGUUUUAUUCAUAGUAUCAAAUCGUAACAAGAGUUCACUCUUCUCAAGACACUUUACAAAUAGAGUAGACUACAGAUCUUAACUGUUGUGUUAGCCUACUGGUUCUGCCAUUUUGAGUCAAAGCAAAUUCUCCAAAAGGACAUAAAUCACAAUUACUCAUUCACACUUCUAUUUUCAAGCUUAGUUCAUGUAAGCUACUGUGUGAGGGAAAUGCCUUCAUGUUACGGGUGGGACAGAACGGACCCAAAUGCAGAACUCAGCACAAAUAACUUUAUUGGAAAGAAUGGGUAAGUGAAUGGGGAAGUGGGGAGGUGGAUGCCAGAGAGGAGAGCACAGGCAAGGGGCUAGAACCGGGAACAGAGGCACGGGGAGACCGGGUCUGAGAACUCGACGGGGAAGUACUGGAGCGCGGAGAGGCGAGGGCUGAGGUAGGCUGGUGCAGGAAACCGUGAGGGGGGGACUGGAUGGAGGAGCCAGCUGACUGGAGGCAGAGUGACGAGGAAGACAAUGACUGAAACAAAAAGACAGAAAACGGAUUACAAAGGCACAAGCAGGAAAACACUCAGGAGAAUUUGCAGGAGCUUGAGACAUGUGUCACCAAGUAGGCAGGAGCAACGAUCAGGCGAAGGUGGUGAGUCAAUCCGAGGUUUAUAUACUGGGCUUGAUUGGAGUUGAUGGCCAGCAGGUGUGUAUGGUGGGAAGAGUGGUAGUGAGGAGGCGAGCAGGUGUGCACAAUCAGCUGGCUGGCACAGGCAGGAUGGGAGGGGGGAACACAGAGAGAAACAGAGGCAACACAAACUGACAGAAAAACAUGAGGAUAAAGAAAAACAGAAACUCACAGCCAGCCGGAAUCCAACCACCACAGUACCCCCUCCUCAACGGGCGCCUCCAGGCGGACCGCCAGGCUUGUCCGGGUGGGCCCUGUAGAAGUCGUCCAGCAGGGUCCUGUCAAGUAUCUGGCUAGUGGGAAUCCACGACCGCUCCUCGGGACCAUACCCGGCCCAGUCCACCAGGUACCGAUUACCCCUACCUCUACGUCGUACAUCCAGGAGGAGGCGCUGCCACUGGGACGGAGAGAGGACUUGUGGAGACUGGUUUGAUAUGGGAGACAUGGAAAACUGGGUGGAUUUUCAUGUGCGAUGGGAGUGUUAGCCUGACAGUGGUGGGGUUCACAACCGACUCAAUGGUAUAGGGGCCCACGAACCGGGGGGCGAGUUUCUUGGAGGUGGACGGAAGGGGAAGAUCCCGGGAGGAGAGCCACACCCUCUGGCCCGGCCGGUAGGAGGGAGCGGGGAUGCGAUGGCGGUCUGCCAGACGUUUGUUCCGGGCAGCUGUUUGUUGGAGAGCAGCCCUAGCCUCCUCCUUCCACACUCAACGACACCGUCGGAGAUGGGUCCGGACCGACGGAACCGUUACUUCCUCCUCCAAGGACGGGAACAGCGGAGGCUGGAACCCCAUGGCGCACAUAAACGGAGACAUCCCAGUGGCAGCGCUGAUGAGAGAGUUGUGGGCGUACUCGACCCAGGGGAGGUAGGAACUCCACGAGAUGGGAUUGCGGUAGGCCACACACUGGAGGGCUGCCCCCAGGUCCUGGUUGGCCCGCUCGGUUUGCCCGUUGGUCUGGGGGUGAUAGCCAGAUGACAGGCUGGCGGUGGCACCGAGGGCUUGGCAGAAGGAUUUCCACACUCCGGAAGAAAACUGGGGCCCCCGGUCGGAGACAAUGUCCCGAGGAAUGCCAUGGAGCCUGAAGACAUGGUGGACAAGGAGACGAGCCGUUUCCAAGGAAGUAGGUAACUUGGACAGGGGGAUGAAGUGGACGGAUUUUGAGAACCGAUCCACGAUGGUGAGGAUGACCGUAUUGCCGUUGGAGUUGGGCAGUCCGGUGACAAAGUCCAGGGCGAUGUGGGACCAGGGCCGACCGGGGACCGAGAGGGGGCGGAGCAGACUGGCGGGCGAAAAGCCCAAAAAGCGCUGCAGCUGUUUGAUAGAAGUGGGAGUGGGCCACUCCACAACAGCCUGGAUUUUGGCCAGGUCAACGCGAAGCUGCCCACGCUCAAUGAUAAAACCGAGGAACUGUACAGAAGGGACGUGGAAUUCACAUUUUUCAGCCUUCACAAAAAGACUGUUUUCCAGAAGCCGCUGCAGAACCAGGCGGACAUGCUCGAUGUGUUGGACUGGGUCGGGGGAGAAGAUCAGGAUAUCGUCUAAAUAAACAAACACGAACCGGUGCAAAAAGUCACGAAGGACGUCGUUAAUGAGGGUUUGGAAAACGGCGGGGGCAUUGGUGAGGCCGAAUGGCAUUACCAAAUACUCGUAGUGCCCUAGUGGGGUGUUAAAUGCCGUUUUCCAUUCGUCCCCCUCCCGGAUCCGCACAAGAUGAUAAGCAUUGCGAAGGUCUAACUUCGUGAAAAUGGCAGACCGGGAGAGGGACUCAAAAACAGAGUCCAUAAGGGGAAGAGGGUAUUUGUUUUUGUCCGUGAUGGAGUUGAGCCCCCGGUAGUCGAUACAAGGACGGAGGGAUUUGUCUUUCUUGGAGACAAAGAAAAAGCCAGCGCCUAGAGGGGACGAUGAGGGGCGAAUGAUGCCAGCAGCCAGGGAAUCUUUAAUAUACUGCUCCAUAGCCUCUCUCUCCGGACGGGACAGAUUAAACAGAUGGCUAGACGGGAGCGGGGCGUCCGGGAGGAGGGAGAUGGAGCAGUCAUAAGGGCGGUGGGGGGGUAAGGAUGGGGCCUGCUCCUUACUGAACACGGUGGCAAGGUCAUGGUACUCUGAGGGAACGAGGGUUAAAUCAGGAGGAACGGGAGGAGGGUGAAUUUGAGUGGGCUUACCGGGGGCUCGAGCGGACAAUAGGCAAGAUGCAUGGCAAUGAGUUCUCCAAUUCCUGAUCUUCCCCCGCCCCCAGACUACGUUGGGGUUGUGCAGAAUGAGCCAGGGGAGACCUAGAACGAUAGGGUUGACGGGGGAGGUGACGAGGUGAAACGAGAUCAACUCAUGGUGAUUACCCGAGGUGAGGAGGCGGAGCUGGGGAGUGCAGUGAGUAACUGUGGUGAGGGGCUGACCGCUGAGGCCGGUGGCAUGGAGAGGAGUAUCUAGGGGUAUUUGGGGGAUGGUGAGCUGUCGAGCGAUCUCAACGUCUAACAGAUUUUCGUCGGCACCGGAAUCAACCAACGCCCCCAGAGGGAGCGAUCCCUCCUGCCAUGAUAGGGACACGUCCAGCAGGAGGCGGGAAUUGGGAGAACGUCGGCUCGCCAGAGCUCCCAAGGCUACUGGCGAGCCGACUCUUUUUGGGCGAACCGGGCAGGUGGACAGAUAAUGACCGGGCUGACCACAAUAGAUACACACCCCGGCGAGGCGACGGCGUUCCCGCUCCUCCGGGGUGAGGUGUGCGCGGCCUAAUUGCAUGGGUUCGGGUGGAGGAGGAGAGGGAGGAGCCGGGGGUGCCGCCGAGCGCGACUGGGAAGGCAGGGGAGCAGGGACCCGUGGUGGCGGAAGGCAGGACCGGGAAGAGGAGGAGCCGCGGGACUCGCGUUCUCUAUCUCUCUCCCGGAGACGAUUGUCUAAAUCGAUGGCCGUUUCAAUGAGCCCAUCGAGGCUCCGCGGCUCGUCCCUGGCAGCCAAGUGGUCCUUAAUCCGCUCACUAAGGCCAUCCAGGAACGCGCAACGGAGAGCCGGACUGUUCCAGCCCGAUCUAGCGGCCAGAAUGCGGAAGUCAACGGAGUACUCCGCGACGCUGCGAACCCCCUGCCGGAGCGUCAUGAGCCGGGAAGCCUUCGCCCUCCCUUGCACAGGGUGAUCAAACACCCUCCUCUUCUCCUCCACAAAGGAGGAGUAUGAGGAGAGGAGGUGAGGCUGCCCCUUGCUCACAGAGGUGUACCACUCCAGGGCCACUCCAGAACUCGACGGGGAAGUACUGGAGCGCGGAGAGGCGAGGGCUGAGGCAGGCUGCUGCAGGAAACCGUGAGGGGGGGACUGGAUGGAGGAGCCAGCUGACUGGAGGCAGAGUGACGAGGAAGACAAUGACUGAAACAAAAAGACAGAAAACGGAUUACAAAGGCACAAACAGGAAAACACUCAGGAGAAUUUGCAGGAGCUUGAGACAUGUGUCACCAAGUAGGCAGGAGCAACGAUCAGGCAAAGGUGGUGAGUCAAUCCGGGGUUUAUAUACUCGGCUUGAUUGGAGUUGAUGGCCAGCAGGUGUGUAUGGUGGGAAGAGUGGUAGUGAGGAGGCGAGCAGGUGUGCACAAUCAGCUGGCUGGCACAGGCACGAAGGGAGGGGGGAACACAGAGAGAAACAGAGGCAACACAAACUGACAGCAAAACAUGAGGAAAAACAAAAACAGAAACUCACAGCCAGCCGGACUCCAACCACCACACUUCAUAUAUUCCGUUAUUUAAAACAUUUUCUAUUAUAUUUUUUACAGAUUACCUAUUUAAUUUAUUCACAAUUGGGCCUUCAGUACAUGGAAUAAUUUAAUUAUGUCUACCUCUACAUGCUAAAACACAGAGGUAGUCUUAGUGUAUUGUUUUUUUUAUCUAGUUUGAAUGACUGGAGUGCAAACUAAUCAGUGCAGUAGAAAUCAACCACAGUAGUUUUAGAAAAAUAAAAAAUAUUUUUGACAGUACCUGUGGUUCUUACCAGGCCAGACAAUGCCCCUUAGCUGUCACAGCUUUGUCUGGCUUGGAACAGCAUGUGCUAUGUUGUGAUAGCUGUGAUAUUAUCACAACAUAGCACAUCCUGUUCCAAGCUUUUGCUUAAAUAAACAUCAGUGUAAUAAAUUUAAGGUGUGGGAGCAUUAUGGCAUGUUAACAUCUGUCUGUAUAAGUGUGUUUAAUUUUUGUUCUACCAUGUUAUUAUCAUUAUUUCAAUUUAUCUAUGGUGGCAGUAACCAUCUGGUAGGUGUGGUGAAGAUAUUUAUGGCCAGGCAGGCUGGGUUAUCUUUGUACAGGUCUGCCCUGAUCAGCUGUAUAAACAACGUGAUAGAACAUUAUUUGUGGGACUGUCCUAAUAUCGGUUAGACGCAGAUACAAUGUCUGACAGCUCUGAAACGCCACAGAAGAAAUUGAAGAUGGACCUUAAGGUGUUUAAUGAUCCCAUCCACGGGACGGUGGAGUUACACCCACUUCUCAUCAAAAUCAUCGACACACCUCAGUUCCAGAGACUGAGAAACAUCAAGCAGCUUGGAGGGGUCUACUUUGUUUACCCUGGAGCAUCCCACAACCGCUUUGAACACUCCAUUGGGGUGGCGCACUUGGCAGGUCAACUUGUUGAAGCUCUGCGUACAAGGCAGCCGGAACUCGACAUCAAUGACAGAGACGUCCUUUGUGUGAAGAUUGCUGGUCUCUGCCAUGACCUGGGACAUGGACCCUUUUCCCAUCUGUAUGAUAAAAUGUUCAUACCCAAAGUACCAUAUCCACCAGGUCCACUAGGUGAUAAAAUGGCAAAGUGGAAGCAUGAAGAAGCCUCUGUAGAGAUGUUUGACCAUCUGGUGAAAUCUACUAAUCUGGAGAUGGAGCCCUAUGGUCUGAUUCUGCCCGAGGACAUGGAUUUCAUCAAAAAGUUGAUUGAAGGACUGAGUGACCCUAAUGCAGUCCAGUGGCCAUAUAAUGGUCGGUCAAUGGAAAAAUCCUUCCUCUAUGAAAUCGUGGCCAACAAAACCAACGGCAUUGAUGUGGACAAGUUUGAAUACUUUGCCAGGGACUGCUACCACCUGGGCAUGAAGAACAACUUUGACCAUCUCCGCUUCAUACAGUUUGCCAGAGUGAUUAAAGUGGAAAAAGACGGGCUGAAUCACAUCUGCAGUAGAGACAAGGAGGUGGGCAAUCUGUAUGACAUGUUCUACACCAGGAACUGUCUCCACAGAAGAGCCUACCAGCACAGAGUGAACAAGAUCAUAGAGUAUAUGAUCGCAGAGGCCUUUGUAAAAGCAGACGAGCAUAUCAAGAUUGAAGGCUCAGGAGGGAAAGAGUUCACUCUCUCUACAGCCAUAGGUGACAUGGAGGCCUACACCAAGCUGACAGAUCAUGUGUUUGAGCAAAUACUCAACUCUUCCUCCGCGGAUCUGGCUGAGGCAAAGGAGAUUCUGGAAAAGAUCAUCUCUCGAAAACACUACAAGUUUCUGUGUGAAAUCAAGCCUGAACCAAUCCCAACCAAGGAGGAGAUUGGUGAAUGGGAAAAGGAAUUGGCUGCCUUGGACUUCAUAGUUUUAGUCAGUACUUUUGACUAUGGAAUGAAAGACAAGGACCCCAUCAAGAAUGUGUAUUUCUACAACAAGAUAAACCCUGACAUAGCAUUCAAGAUCACCAAAGACCAGGUGUCCAAGCUUCUCCCAGCAUGCUUUUCUGAGCAGCUGAUCAGGGUUUACAGUAAGAAGACUGAUGACCAGAGUCUGAAGGCUGCCAGGCAGAACUUGGACCAAUGGUGUGAAGAUAAGGGCUUGCCAAACCCUCAGGGCACGCUAUAA